GAACUUGGCAACGCUUAGCAACUAUGUCAACAUUUAGGAUUUGGUUGGUACCCUGUAAACUAAACAUUGAAGCGGGAGCUUUAUAGUUCAUCUCACAAAAUGGAAGGUUUACCAUUCUUGCCUGGAAACACGUUCCGGAACCCAACGGUAAAAAAUACUUUAAAUUGUGUACAAGUUUUUGCAUCAGCCAGUUUAAAGUCGGACUUUUCGAUCAGCCUAACUUAAAUCUUUUUAAUUUUAAUAAUUUUAAACCUCUACAACCUUUUUUUUUUAAUCAUUGAAGUUGUCGAUCGACUUUGUCAUCAUCUCAAAACAAUAAGAGUCACAUUACUCCAUUGAUGCUAGUCUUUUCGUUUCAGUUUUAAAAUGUAGGAAACAAAAUGUCACAGGAAAUUGAUAACGGCAAUUACGCUAACGGUUUAAGUUUAAGUUUACCAGAGCUUAGGUGUGAGUGUGAUUACAAUAAAUAUAAUCAUUCUAACAACUCCCACUGCUGUCUACUGCCACUACAAUCCUCACCUGAUUUUGCAUCAUACAAUCUAAGCAUCCAAGACUGUAUGAACACUUUAAAAAUUCAAAGUUCAACACACUUACUAAUUAACUUAAGUUUUUAUAAAUUAAUGGAAUACCAGUACCUAAAAUUAUUACAAUUUUAUGGAGAUCUAGGACUAUGUCUGAGACUAAUCUUAUCUGUUUAUUUACUUACAAUAUCAUAUUUAUUUUUGUUUCAAGCAAAUGAAGUUCCAUGUAAGCCAAACUCUGGGAUACAAGAAUGGCUAUGCUAUUCCAAGGAGGCCAGAGAGAGGAAUAGGAGGAACUCAGCUUUUUUACAACAACCUUUCUGAGACUGAACUUGAUGAGCUGGCCAAUUUUAACCCAACCCUGACUUAUGGACAAGCCAAACAGGCACCUCCUGCAGCUUUUAUUCCUGCUCAUGUAGCUUGGGACAAAAAGGUACAAGCUUUUAUCUGAAUUUGUGGGCCAUUUUUGUGAUAUAUAUUAUACUGGUAUAUGACUUUAAGUAACAUCUAACCAACUCCUACAUAAUUAUGCUAUGAAACACCAAACAAUACAUUGAAAAACUGUAGUCUUUUGUGAUGUUAAUUUUAAUUUAGUCUAAAUGUGCUGCAAGUAAUUUAGUUCAAACCAUGUUCAUUCUUUAUCAGGUUCUGAAGUUCAAUGGGUACUUCAAACAAACAGUUCAUGAAUCCCCAGAAGAAUACUAUCGAGUCCGCCCAGUUGAUGUCUAUUACUAUCUUGAGGAUGAUAGCAUUGCUGUUGUUGAGCCUCAUAUUGAAAAUUCUGGAAUGCCACAAGGUAAUGACAGUUUCAUUUCAUAUAAUGAGAACAAACUUCCAGUUUAAAUGACAGUAAUGUAAUCUGUUACCAACCAUUAUCUUAUUUAUUAUAAAUGUGUUGUGUUCAAAUUGUUUUAUUUUUUAGCUGAAAAUGUAUAAUGCGAUCAAAAAACAUUUCUAUUUAUUUAGAUCAAUAAAAGAAUCUUGUCUUAUCUUAUCUUAAUUAAACUGUAGCUGGCAUUUAUUGUAAAAUUAUUUAAGUUUUUUUUAAUAAUUAUGUACCGGUACCACUUAUGCUUGCUUUAAUGCACCCUUCAAACUUAAGGAAAACUGAUCAGACGUCAGCGCCUUCCAAAGAAUGACCAGGGUGACACAUGGCAUUGGAAAGACAUUAAUCUUGGCAUGAAUAUUGUCUUCUAUGGAAAGAGCUUCCACAUCACUAACUGUGACAAGUUUACAAAGGUAUAUUUCUUAAUUUAAUCCAUAACUUAAGAAAUAUAUUGACAACAUUAAAACGCACGACAAAAAAUGCUAUUUUCUUCUGUAUCAUUAAGUAAUUCUUUAAUCUAUUGAUUUUUCUAUAUAUUUUAUGAUAAUUUUUAAAAAAAUUGAUUAUAUUCUAGGAUUUCUUGGAGAGUGAAGGUAUUGUAGUCAAUGAGCCAGAAUUCAUUCCCCCUGAUCCUUACAUUCAAAAGCGAGCUGAUACCGUAACUCUGCGUACAUAUACAACCCAAUCAGCUUUUGACAAGCUCAAACAGUUUAAGGAGCUUGACCGCAAGGUGUUGCGCUUUUACUGUGUAUGGGAUGACAGGGAUAGCAUGUUUGGAGAAAUGAGACCAUUUGUUUUACAUGUAAGUUAUUAUGAUUUACUGAAUGAUUUAUAAGAUGAAGAACUGUAAGCCUCUGACAGAUACUCAUUUUUCUAUUCACAUGUACUCCCUUGCUUGCAGAUUAGCUCAUUAUUUUUAUUUUAUAAUUGUUUCAAUUAUUUCCUCAUCAUGUCAUUAACAUACAAUUUUUUAAGAUGUUCAAUUUUCCAAUAUUGCAGUAUUACCUGGUUGACGAUACUCUUGAGAUUCGUGAAGUGCACACCCCCAAUGAUGGACGGGAUCCUUUCCCAGUUCUGAUUGGUCGCCAUAAAGUUCCAAAAGACAGAUUCAAUGUACCGCCUUCUUUCCCAGGUGCAGUUUUAGAGUUGUCUGAACAAGAAAUCAAAGACUACUUUACACCCAAAGACUUUCAGAUUGGGAAAACACUUCAGAUCUAUGGCAGGCGCUUCAUGGUGUAUGACUGUGAUAACUUUACUAAAGGAUUCUAUUACAAUCAUUUUGGGGUUACAAACUUUGAACCUGUUGAAGUCAAAGGAUUGCCCAAGAAUCUGCCUAAAAUGGUAAUAAGGACUUAUAUCCGCUUAAGUUUUACUUACUAGUAACUCUGAUGGAGUAUUGAACACCAAUCAUUAAUAAAAAUUUAUUUUAAUUAUAUAUCAGUCAUCAAGGUGUGAGUUUUUGUUCCCACCUUUCUGUUUUAAAGGAAAUUGCUGAGUACAACAACUUUGGCUCACUUGAAGAUUCACUUCAGUCCUGCAACAGCCUUGUCCCACAGCCUGCUAAGAAGGAUUUUAUCAAAAUGUUGGAGAAUGAUCACAAGGAACUGCGCUUUGAGGCUAUGAUGGUGAGCUCUUUCUCAAAAGCAUUUAAUUUAAUUUCCUUUUAUAAAAUAAAUACAUUACAUAUUUCAUAUGCCCAAUAUCUAUAAUAUAAUAAAUAUCAAUACCUAUGAUUAUUGAAGAAUAGUCUUUUGUUGUAACCCUGAAUAUUUUAUUCUCAGAAUGCCAUUGAUUACAAUAAAAAAUUAACAUAUAAUUUGACAGCAACCACAGUUUUACAUAUAUCAGCAGUGUUCAUUUUUUAAAGAGUUUUGUGUUAACGGUAUUUAUUCUAUUUUGACAUUUUUUUUUGUUUAAACCAUAAUUUUGUCUGUUUCUAGAUGCCUGGCUGUAAGGUAUAUAAAGAGUAACUUACUAUUGUUCCCUGUUUCAUAUUUACUUGGCAGAUUUGUAAAGCCCUGGUUUUUAAUGUUACUUUCUAAAAUUUAUUCAAUAGUUACAUUAAUAAAGAAUUUUUGUGUUACCAGUAUUUUAUUUAUUUUUAAAAAAACAAAUUUCACACUUAAGAAAGAUUUAUAGAUUUAUGGCACAGCUUAAUCAGCUGCAGAGACUAGAAAAUAACGGGUCAAUUUGUUAAAAUAUUUCUUACUAAGGCUUAGCUGGGUGCAGUUUUUUUUACACCGGGUCAGAGUAUUUUGAGAAAAUACCAGGUGGGCUCAAGUAUUACACACAAAAACAGUUAACUUCUCAUUUUCUAUAAUAUAUGCUGGUUUUAAACAAUAAGCCUACAGACAGUCUUACUCUCUAUCUGCCAGCCUUAAACAAGAGGCCUACAGACAGUCCUUGUCUCUAUCUGCCGGAUUUAAACAAUCCUACAUCCAACCUGCCGGCCUUCAAAACAAUAGUCCUACCGACAGUCCUUUACCCAUCUACCAGCUUUCAAAACAAUGGGCUUACAGACAGUCCUACACCCUUACCUACUUGCCUGUCUUUAUAGUCCUACAUACAGUACUAGACAGUAUGCAUGAAAGCCUUUGUUUCACCUAGUAAUUUUAAAAUAAAACAUAUGAAGUGGUGGGGGUAGUUAUGAAGAGGAAGCAGGACGAACCAGAAGCAAAAUAUAUAUGAGAGAUUUAUGUUUCUAAUAAUUUUUACCAGUUUUAUCCACAACUUUAUACAAAUAGUUUUUGUUUUUUAUAAAAUGUUUACUUACCGUACAAAUUAAUAAAAAAAAUGUUCAUGUUUGUACAACUAUGUUCAUGUAACUCUGUUGUUUGUGUUUAUAUAACUCUGUUUAUGUUUCUAGGACACGAUGAGAUCUGAGGACAGGGGUCGGCGAUUCAUCAUUGCGUAUCGUCUAGCAGAUGAUAUGAUCACUAUCUACGAACCACCUGUAAGAAAUUCAGGUAUCAUUGGUGGCAAAUUCCUGGAACGGACCAGGGUAGCCAAGCCUGGGUCAACUGUAGAAAAACCUCUGUACUAUGGACCUCAAGACUUCUACAUCGGGGCUGUCAUUGAGAUAUUUAGACACAGAUUCAUCAUUACCAAUGCUGAUGCUUAUGUACUCAAGUAUAUUGAGGAUCAUAAAAAUCAGUUCCCUGGCAAGUCUUAGUUUCUUCACUUCCAAUGUCAUUAAAAGAAAUGUUUGCUACUCUCAACAUCAUUUUAGUUACUGUUGUGUCUCAUUUAAAGAGUUAAAAGAAAUUCUGCUAACUGCUCGGAACAUCAUUUUAGUUACCUACUGUUGUGUCUCAUUUAAAGAGUUAAAAGAAAUUCUGCUAACUGCUCGGAACAUCAUUUUAGUUAUUGUUGAGCUAAAAUAAAGAGUUAAUGGGCAGAAAAUAACUCUAAAUAGUUACAUAUUUUAAAUAACCAAAUUUUUUUAUAAAUGAUUUAAUUGAAUAUUAAAUUUUGUAUCUUUUAUAAGGGCUCCUUAUAUGGAAGCAUAAUUUAAAUAUUAAAUGUCACUUGGGGUUACAUAGAAGAUUAAGGAUUAUGGUGGUGCACAUUUAGUGACAGAAAAUAAUACCAAUAAAAUAAUCUUUGCAAAUAUAGAACAGUAUUAAAGUGUUUCAUUUCUAUUUGUCAAUUUAUUUGCAAUUUUGAUAUCAAGCAAGCCUUAUGAUUUUUUAUUCUGUCUGUAGAACAAAUGUAUCAGUCAAUCAAAGAAAAGAUUGAAACACAGCCAGGGCAAAAAGAUGCUGUCAAAGGUGGACCACUAAAAGUACAAAGGCAGUAAGUAGCUGCUAAUCUCCCCACAUGAAUGUCAUAUAUACAGUUAGACAUACCAAUACAAGUAAUGAAUUACUUCUAGUGUUAACUUUAUCCGACCUUAUAAAAUUAUUUGAUGAUCCGAUUAUUGCCUCUUAAAUAAAAAAAAAGAUACCUAUAUUGUUUUCAAUUCAUCAAGAUUUUCAUAUUUAAUGGGAGCACUAAAAUAUUAUAUUAUGAAUUGGUUCCAAGAAAAAACAAAAGAGUACUUUAUUUUUAAAAUUAAAAUGUAAUAAAAAUUUCAGGCCAGGUGAUCUUGAGUAUAUGGUCCAGCAAGUGCGGGCCCAGUUGAAGAAGUUAGCCAUCACAGACAAAUCACGCAUAGAUGAGAUGUUUUUGCGUUACAACAAUGAUCGCACCGGUUACAUUGACAUCAACAAUUUGAGAGAUAUUUGCAAGAGGCUUCAGCUUCCUGUGGACCAGGAUGUCCUUCAGUCUGUAAGUAAACUAUCAGUCAUCAUUGUUGUGCCUUACAUAAAUAACUCAAUGUGUUUCAUGUAUCAUCAUUUUAAAGGAGGCAGACAAUUAAUUGGUUAAGUUUAACAGAUAACACAUUUUUCUUUUUUUACGUUUAAUUCUAUUAUUUUAUUUUUUAUUGCUCUUACAGGUAAUUUGUUUGAUAACCGCCAACCCAGAAGGGCAUAUCAGUCUAGAAGAAUUCCGAGAAUUUAUUGAAAGCACGUAAAUUGGCCAAACUCGUCAAAAAGACAAUCUUUUUUUUUUUAAGGAAUGAUUUUCUCACUGUGAUUUAUGUUCUUGUUUUUUGUCUGCAAAUGUGGAGAUAAUAUUUUUGCUUUACAGGGAUAAAUUUUUUUUGAACUGUGGUUCUUAUUAGAAUAUUACUGACAUGCUUUCUGCUUAUCCUGGCUUUUUAAAUAAUUAAAUUUACUAUAAUUGCUGAUUAUAAAACCAAAUUUUGAACAUUUUCUCAUAAUUAUUAUAGGCAGAAGCUUACUACUACAGUUAUUUCCCCUAUAAUCAAAAUUCAUUCUAAAACAAAGGCUAUUUAUGUAGAUGAAAUUUUAAAAAUUAAAUUUGUUCAAACCAUCUAUCCUUGAAAAAUAACAAGUCUUAAUAUAGGUAGGCUUACUAAUAAAUUGAAACUCUGAACAUAUGUAAUGUUUUAUUCCAUGGAGGACACCCUGAAUCUUCAUUAAACAAUAUAUCUGUUAAAUCCUUUAUUUUACACAAACAUUAUAUAGUAAUGCCUCUGUUUAUUUGUAGACAGUUAAACUGUUAGAGGAUAUGUGAUUUCAGUGUUACUGGAGUGAAUGAUUUUUUUUUUAAUAUGCUUUGUUGUAUCAGUAUGUCUAUAAGUAUGAAAAUAUUUUACCAUGCAGAAUUUUUAGUGAUGAAAAUAUGUGUGUGUUAACUUAUUCAAUUAGUCACACUUUUUUAACCAACUUUGAGUCACCUUUAUGAGCAAGUUAUUUAAAAUGUUGGUUCAUAAUCUAGUAUUUUCCGUCACUAUUUCAGUAAAAUAAAAGAGAUGAGAAUUUAUUGUUCAGCGUUACACUUAUGCAAACUAUGGCCUGUUUUAUUAAUAUAUAUUACAAACUGCUGAUUAUUAUAACAAUGUGAUCAAUUCUGUACACCAGUGGGUACAGUCAGGAAAUCUUUUGUAAGAACUUACACUUUUAGAAAUUGUGAUGUUUAAUGAUUUUACUACAUGCAAUAUAUCUUAAGUAAAAGUUUCUUGUAUUUAAAGCUGACUGCUUUUAAAUAAACAAUGAAUUUUCACAGAAAAGAAUUAUUAUAUGUAAAUAAAUAGGAAUGAAUUUUCUCAAAGAUUUGCUCUCCAUCUUUGUAAACUGUUUUCUGUACCGCUGGACUUUGUUUUAAACCAGUUUUGCAUGGUUGGAGCCUCUUCCUGCCCCUCUCCACACACACACAUACACAAAUUUUAAUACAAACUCCACUUUUGCAUUGCCCUGGUCAUAAGGUUCACUCUCCUUACCUAGAACUUUAGGCUAUUAAUAUUUAUUUGAAAGUAAAAAGAACAGAAACAAGUGUAUGUGUUAAAUCAUUUUUAGUUUUUGAGUUGUAUAUAUUUUAACACUCUGCAGGCUGCUAAAUACAUUUGACAAACUGUCUUUAUUUCAAGGACUUUUCAACAUAUAAGAACACCACUUUACACAUUAUUAUUUCAGCCAGUUAAAAUGUUGCACAACAAAUCAAGCAUGACAAAUGCCAAUUUUUGCUGACGUAUGAAAAUGAAGAAGAAGAAGAGAUACGAUUAGCUUAUAACUAUACUAUGAAAAUUUCUAAGGCAAAAAAGUUAUUUAUUAAAGGGAACCAGUGAUAAAUGACGUCAUGAAUCUGAGGGCGGGAAGAUUUCAGAUUUUUUUUAUGUCGAGGCAAGUAACAAUAUGAGUUCACGAAACGCGGAAUUUAAACUUAUAAAUGUAAACAAAUUCAAAUUCCACUUAAUUGAACGCAAUUUUAACAAUAUUUAAUUAUACACCUAUUGUAAUGAUUACAUUUUCAUUCUUAACCUUUGUAAAUGUCGAAGGUCUGAUUAAAGGCUAUAUAUAUAUAUACACACACACAGUGUUUUCAUUGACUACAAUCACCGCCGUUAAAAUAUUACCUAUCGAUUCAGUGUUGUUAAGACCUGGUAAACAGGUAGGCCCUGUGCUGUGACCAAAACUGUCUCUGACCACCUGUCGCGUUAGUUUGUGACAAUCAAGUUGCAGGGGAUGGCAUGGAAAACGGGAGUCGAAGCUGUAGUGAUAUUUACAGUCACGAUAAUUUAUGACGAAAAAGUUGAAGGCGUGAGUCUUGUAAUUAGGGUGGGAUUAAAAUUAUUUACCGGCAAAAAUUAUUUCAGUAAAUGUUGUGGGGGAAUGUUUCUGCCACAAAGAAAAUAACAAUAAUACUUUUGUUGAAGUCAUCAAUGCGAUAGGAAUCUUUUAGUGUGUAAAUGAACAGCUUACUACCAGUGCCGUCACGUGGGCCCUACAAGCCCCGAGGCAGCAGUGGGGCCCCGAGGCAGCAGUGGGGCCGGCAGCAGUGGGCCCCGAGGCAGCAGUGGGGCCCCGAGGCAGCAGUGGGGCCGCCCUGCAAGCCCCGAGGCAGCAGUGGGGC